CCUGUAUUAAAGAGGACCGAUGAGGUAAGCGUAAGCGGCAACAAAAAUGGCGUCUUCUUCUGCAUCAGUUGCGCAAGCCCUUCGAAGCGGCGUGGAAACUCGAGAAGUGGGAAAGCCUCAAAGCCAAAGCCUCAACAGAGAUGAACCGCUGCAGGAACAGGCGCCUUCGUCUCCAAUUAAGGCUCACCUUGAUUCACCUUCCCCGAGUACUUUUCUCAGCGUUCUUCUUGAAUCGUUCUGCGGGUGUAUUUGCUCCCAAUAUAUUCUGCGAGGUGAACUUACGCCGUCACCUGUUUUCAGGAAAUAUACAGAACAAGCCUCUACUACUAUAUUAAUUUUUCACCGAUUUUGAAUAUGUAAUGACUCUGAGGGGCUCUAGGACUCUGAGGGGCCCUCUUCUAACUCAGCAUCUUCACCAAGGAAAGCGUUCUAUUUGGUGCUAAGCCUUGGACUCCACUUGGCAUUCGGUUUUUUCCAAGUGAUCGGGCGCUAUUUGCAAACAGUGGCAGGGAUCCCCGCCUUUUAUCUCCUCGGCGGAAUCCACGCAGUUGCCUGCAUCUUCAAUUUUAUCGCACAUCCGUUGUUAUCUCAGUGCAUUCUUCGCUCCUCGAAGGGACAUACAAGCCUUGCAGGAAGCAAGAACAGCAGCGAAGGGUCGUCAAAUGCACGAUCCAAGAAUCAAGGAGGGACAAAAAAAUUUCUGG